UCUACAGGCCACGCCCCCUUUGAGUUCUGAUGGUCUGUGUUGUCAGUACCAAGCAUGUCCAUCAUGUUCAGAGCACCAGGUUUGCUGUUUUCCUGAUACUUGAAGUCCGUCACGAUGAGCGCCGUUUGCAGAGAAGUCAUCACUCUUCAGUUGGGACACUAUUCAAACUUUGUGGGGACUCACUGGUGGAAUUUACAGGAUGCGUCUUUAUCCUACGAACCGGAGACGUCGCCCAGUGAGAUCCAGAGUGAUGUUGUGUUUCGUGAGGGACAGACUAUGGGCGGCCACGUCACCUACACGCCUCGCCUCAUUGCCAUGGAUGUUAAAGGAAGCCUCCGGACUCUGCGGCAGGAAGGAAGUCUGUAUGAUGCGGGAAAGGACACCUCUGCUGUCACAUGGGAGGGAAAUCUCAUGAUGCAUAAAGAAAGUCCCCCUGAAAAGAACUUCUUUCUUGAAGAUCUUGACAAGUUGGAUAAGGGGGGGAUUCUCACUGAGGCAGACUUUUCCUCCAGCUCACAGCCUCAAUGUCCAGCAGGUUCCAUGAGUGUGGACACAGUGAACAACCAACUUGCUCGAGUCCAACAGGGCUACCGGCUGGAGGGCAGCGUGAACGUGUGGUCCGACUUCCUCAGGAUCCACCUGCACCCUCGGACCAUCUCAGUCAUCCACCAGUACAACCAUGAUGGAGAGGCUCAUCGUCUGGAGGCUUUCGGUCAGGGAGAAGCUCUGCUGCAGGGUUUGGUGCUCGAGGACCUGGAAGACAGACUGCACUUUUUUGUAGAGGAGUGUGAUUACCUUCAGGGUUUCCAGGUGUUGUGUGACUUGGCCGAUGGCUUUGCAGGCCUGGGGUCAAAAGUCACAGAAAUACUACAGGACUCCUAUGGAGGGAGAGGAAUCCUAACAUGGGGGUUAGCCCCUGUCAGCCAUCCGAACACAACCCCAGUGAAGGAGCUGUACCGCCUGUUAAACUGCACAUUGGGGACGGUGCAUCUUGCCAGUCACAGCUCUUUCUUCUGUCCGCUGACUCUGCGUGGAGGACUCGGCAGACAGCCGCCCUCUCCCACAGCCUUCCCAUACCUCAAUUAUGAUCCCUCACUGUGGUACCACUCCAGCUCUGUCCUGGCUUUAGCGCUGGAUGCGCUCACUGUUCCUUACAGGAUGAGGAACAAUAGCGUCCCCAUGUGGCAGCUGGCGGACACGCUGGCCGUGUCUGGCAGAAAGGUGGUGGCUGCUUACAGUGCCGUCCCCUUUCCCAUGAUGCAUGGCAGCUCGCUUCCUGACGCCCUGAGCCUCUGCACGGACGUAUUGCCAUGGCAACCUCUAUCUGCCUGCCCAGAAGCAGGAGAUGGCCGAUGCUACGGCCAGUGGGCAACAUUUAAAGGCUUUGAAGGCCAGAGACUGAUCAGUUCUCUGGCUCCAGGGACAAUUCCACCUACUCCACUGCACAGCCUCCACAGUGGAGAGGACGUGCUGACGUCGUACAUCAGAUCCUUCUGUCCCACAGCUCCUCUCGCUGUGCAGCUAGUAUCCACUCCCAGUAAGCUGACGCCACCUUUUCCUCAGAUAUUCGACCAGGCCCUCGAUGCCCAGGGCUUCCUGCAGAACCAGCCCCCUCCACAUGGCUCUCCUGCUGCAGUGGUUUCCUCUGUACCAGUUAUGACUUCCCUUCAGUCUGGGCCUGCACUUGGCACAUGGCUGUCAGAAAUGCAUCGUGGUGCCAGCACAUUUGACAUUCGCCGUGUGGCCCCCAGUUUCCUCUCCCAGGGACCUGAAAUGGCAGAUUUCCAGGAGGCUCUGGAGCAGCUCCGACUAAUGGCUCGGUGUUAUAAAGACGACAGUGGUGGAGUGACGCGCUCUUCCUCGGAAGAGGAUGACGAUGACUGACAUGGACACUACUCAGUCCAGGUUCUGGAUACUGUAACCAGCCCUUACCUACAGGGAGAGGAGCUGUGCCUAAGCAGACCUGAUCUACAUGGCAAAAAUUACUCAAACUAAAAGAGGCUGAGCUGCUGUGUGUAGAUGAAGGAAUAAGGAACAGUUAUGAAUGUAGCAACUAAUGUAAGAACAGGCUGCAUUUCCUUUGAUGGCUUCUGUAAAUUAACUGCAUUUUAUACUUAAUAUGCACUAUAAAAUUAUUCUAUUAUAUCCAGACAAAUAAAGUGAGUCUUAAAGCCAGACAAAAUUUAAAGGCAGUAACUAUAAAUGCUUGUCGAUGUUUUCUGAGCUUAAGUAGCCUGGUUGCUGGGAAAGAUGCCAGGUUGUGGUCCAAGAAUACUGAAGAAACAAUGCCAUGCAAUAAUUUGAUUUAACAUGCCCGUAACACUGACUCUGAAUCAGUUACAAUGUGUGAACCAAAUUCAAAGGUCAACGCUGAACAGGCAGUUCUUUUAAUCGAAAAUAAAAUGAUACAAGGAUUUCACAAAAGGUGGAGAGAUGUUAGGACAUAUUUCCACUUAGCAUACUGACAACAUUAUGCCUUCUACCGAUUAAAAAGAAAAAAAAAAAAAAGACACACCACACCAUCAUUUAAACUUAAAAACUGAGAUAUACAAAACCCCUCCAGGUGAGACUCUACAGAAGAAUGUUGGAAAAAGUCAAA